CCCCACUCUUGCCAUGGCCCACAGGAAUCUGACUGGGAGCUGUAAUGUUAACUGUGGCUGUAAGAUCCAUGAGUAUGAGCCCGUAUGUGGAUCAGAUGGAAUAACAUAUUUCAAUCCUUGCCUCGCUGGCUGCAUCAAUGGUGGCAACCACAGCAUGGGGGUAAGGAAUUACACAGAGUGUGCGUGUGUCCAGAGUCGGCAGGUGAUCACCCCACCGACAGUGGGGCAGCGCAGCCAGCUCCGUCUGGUCAUCGUCAAAACCUACCUGAACGAGAAUGGCUACGCCGUGUCUGGGAAGUGCGAUCGGACCUGCAACACCCUGAUCCCCUUCCUGAUAUUCCUCUUCAUCGUCACCCUGAUAACGGCAUGCGCCCAGCCCUCAGCCAUCAUAGUGACACUCAGGUCUGUGGAAGACGGGGAGCGGCCCUUUGCACUAGGAAUGCAGUUUGUUUUAUUACGAACUCUUGCUUACAUUCCCACUCCAAUUUAUUUUGGGGCUGUUAUUGACACCACAUGCAUGCUUUGGCAACAGGAUUGUGGCAUACAGGGAUCUUGCUGGGAAUACGAUGUCACCUCGUUUCGUUUUGUCUACUUUGGGUUGGCAGCUGCUCUCAAGUUCGUGGGUUUUUUUUUUAUUUUCCUGGCCUGGUAUUCCAUUAAGUGUAAAGAAGAGCAACUGCAGAGACAGAGAUGGAGAGAUUCGCUGGUGAACACUGUGAGUGAAAUGGUCGGCCAGGCAGGACCUCAACAAAACUAUGCACGGACUAGAUCCUGCCCGACCUUCAGUUCCCGAGGAGACAUCAGUGUGGCAGAAGGAAUGAAUUGUGUAGCACAGACAUAUCCUGGUCCUUUUUCAGAAGCAAUAAAUUCUUCAAAUGAAAAUGCGUUGGAAGAGGUCACUGCUGAGAUCUAGACCCCUGGCUUGGUAAUGUAAUAUUCAGUUUUGUUGGUUGACUUAAUUACGGCGCCUUGUAAAACACCUGUGCCUUCUAUUUUUAAUCUAAAUGUAACACGUGAUAAAACCAACAAAGCUUAAUGCAAACCACCAUAGUAUGCUCCUGAGGGCUGUAUACCUCAAACCAACCCAAAUUCU